AUGAAUAAAUCAAUUAAAAUAGAAUUAUAUGAUUUAAAUAAUAAGAUUGAAAAGUUAUCAAGUUUAAUUGAUAUUGUCGAAAGUAAUAAAGAGGAAGCAGAAAAGGAAAAUGAUAGUUUGUGUCAAGAGAUUCUCGAACAAGAGAUUAAUCAACAUCAAAUACUUAGACAUAUUAGAGAAUUGGGUCAAUCUAUAGAGUCAGAUAUUGACCAUCUAGAAAGGAUAGAUGACAACCAAAUCAACAGUCAACUAACACUCAAGGAUAAAAAGAAAAAGAGAAGAAGAGAAAAAGCAUUGGUCAUACACAACAAGAGACUUGAAAAUGACCAACUUUUAAACAAUACUAUUGAUCAAUGGCAAUUAUUAGUACAUGAAUUAGAAUCAAUGAACAAUAAUCAAAAGAAAAAGAAAAAAGAUGAUGUUAAUGCAAACCAACUCGAACUUGAUUACUACACCCAAUCAAGCAAGUCUAUUAGAUCAUUUUUAUUAAAUAGAGCUGAAUGGAAUAGAUAUAAAUGUACGACGACUGGUAUACUAUCAACGAACAGUACUACUCUUUAUGAAUGCAAAAGAGGAUCACCAAUUCCAAGGGAUAUCAUGACCAUCAAAUUUAAUCAGUUUUGUUAA